AUGUCAUCGCCAGAACUCACACCAACUACAGGGUUGGAUGAUAGAAUGUUAAGUGUAAAUGACUUUAAUCAUGAUGAAAGCCUAAAUAGUGACUCACGCAGUGGCAGAGAAGCAACAAGUAGUAAUUACGACCAAGGAAGCUAUAAUAACUAUCCAUCUGAUGGAACUAGUACAUGUGCAAGUACGAGUACAAAUCAUCAGGAUAGAAGUAGGAGUAACUCUGAAUUGUCACAUAGUAUGCUUUGUCUCAGUAUGUUUGAAAGGGGUGUACAAGAUCCUUGCUCUGCUGAAUGUGAUAAUGAAGAUGAAAAUACUCUUAUGAAAUUAAGUCAAAUGGAAAAUGUCUCAGAUAACAACAAUAAUAUUGGCAACAAUAUGAAUGAAGAUAUUUCAUAUUUUGAUUUGGAGAAUAGAAUUUGUAGUGACGAAGAACAAGAAUUUAAAAUUUUUGGUUCCCCUGAUUCAGGAAGUAGAAGAAGGAGUAAUUAUGAAACUAUUGAUCCUCUAAAAAGCAGCAGCAGGUCUUUUUCAAAUGUCCCGAUACAAGAAUUUGCCAGAAGUAACAGUCGGUCACCAAAUACAAGAAAGUUAGAAAGUCUGUCGUCUAAUGAACCGUUUAAUGAAAAGAUUCAUAGGCAUGAAAGACACUUCUCAACAUCUUCAACAGUUUCUCCACCCACUUGGACAAACCCAUUCACAAGCAAACAAAUUGUUAGGCCCCAGCAGAAUUUUAGAAAAGUACAGACAAUGCCUUAUAUUUCAAAUGCAAUUAGAGCCAAUAAAGCAAGUACAGGUACAAAUGUACAUGAAAAUAGAGAAGAAAGAAGCAAUAGUUCGAUUUCCUAUCCACCAGAGUUAAUUCGUAAUUCCAGAGCAAAUAGUGCUAAUUUUCUUUACCAGUUAUCAAGGCAACCUCUAAGACCUUCCAUAAGAAGUGCAUCAAUAAAUAAAGUCUCAGAGUCAACUUUUCCAGGAUGCAAGGCUGGAGACACUCAUCAUGAUAAUGACACAUUUACAGGAACACGAAGAACAACGUCACGUUCCUCUUGUUCAUCAAUUUUGACACAUUUAUAUGGAAUAGAAAAAUACGUAUCCUCAGAUCUUGAUGCUUUAUCAACGGAAGGUUAUUCAAAUAUCGAGAGUGCAGAUGUGGUUUCUAGUCCUAUAUCAAAUCAAGGAGAACACACCUUAGAUACAAUUCCAAGAACACUAUCAACCCCAGCAGAAUCACUUAAAAAUCCUAUGGAGUCAAGUGUUUUGUAUUCAAAUCAAAAUUCAAAAUCAGACCUGAGCCUGAAGAAGUAUCCCGUCUUACCGUACGGCCUAAGAAAACCCCAUAGAAAAAGGAGGAAAUCAUACAUAGAAAAGUCACUUGCAAAUUCUUUUGCAUAA